AAAGAAGAAGAUGGAACCAGUAGUUUCUAGAACAAAUGUUUCCGGCCGGUGGUAUUUUGAGUGAAGACGCGUGCAAAUUUUGGUUGAUUCGCGCGCUAACAACCAUCUGUUUUGUACUUUUUCGGCUUUAUCGUGGAAAGUAACAUGGCUGAUCCAGGUCCUAAUAAGGACAACAUCAGAGCUGGAUGCAAGAAAUGUGGAUAUCCGGGCCACUUGACCUUUGAGUGCAGAAACUUUGUCAGAGUUGACCCCCAGAAAGACAUUGUUCUGGAUGUAAGCAGCACCAGCAGUGAGGAGAGUGAAGAGGACGUUGCUGCAGCUCAGCGCAAUGAGAAGGUUGGGCGAAGUGGCCAGCAUCGCAGAGGUUCCCAUGAUGAUGACGAUGAUAGAAAAAAGAGACACAAACAGAAGAAGAGCAGAGACAGAAUGUCAAGAAAGAGAUCUGCUUCGUCAUCGAGUGAUGAGAAGACCACAAAGAAGAAAAAGAAACGCAGCAGGUCCUGCUCCUCAUCUGACGAAGAGGAGAGGAGGAAGAAAAAGAAACUGAAAAGUCACAAGAAGAAAAGCAAAAAGAACAAAAAGGAACAUGGGAAGAAUCACAAGAAGAAACAGAAGAAGAGAAAACACGAAUCUUCUUCCUCUUCUUCUUCUUCUUCCAGCUCCAGUGAAUAUUCAGACAGUGACUAAGACAACUGAACUGUGCAGUGCUUGGAGGUCCAACAUAUUUAUUCUCCUGUUCUGUUUUGCGGACAUUGUGUAAAUAAAGCACCACAUCUUGUCCCAUUACUGAGACAGUGGUUUAAAUGAUUAACUCGUUCAGAAAACACUGUAGAGUACACAUCCUGCAAAUGAAAAAAAUCUGUUUGUGGUUCUCUGAAGCAUUUUGGAAAACAUGUACAAAGCCAGGGAACAUGUUCUGAUAUAGUGUUUGUUUCUCCUUCUAGACCCACUGUCAAUUCAUAUUUGACACUGUUUGUUGCGUGCAGAGUGAUCUUAACGUGGCACAUGGUACAUUCUCUUGUCAUGCAUAUUACUUAACAUCAGUGUAAAGUUUUCAAGUCCAAUCAAGAAAUUAAAUUCAGGGGGGAAAAGCUUACAUAUUUGUAGUGUGAAUAAGUUUCUGGAUGCUGUUUUUUAUUAUUAUUUUUUUUUUUAAAAACAUUUUAAAAGAUCAGAUGUGAAUGCUAAACAUGAUUUUCCCUGAAAUCUUUGGUUGACUGGGAAUAAUGGCUAAGGCUCACAAUGACUAUAAAUACUUGUGGCUGAUGUAUUGGCCAAUAUUAACAACAGUCAGCCCUUUUCUUUAUCAGUGCUGACAUGUCGGCAGCAGUUGAACUAUUGUCUAAUAUCAGUAGACAAAAAAGGUUUGUCUUCUUUUAGGAUAUAUGCUUAAAUGUGUAUACUGUACUUUUGCUGGGAUGGCUUUAAAGUACAAGGGAACUCUGGAGGUUCCUGGUAAGACAAUGUGGUGGCAUUUUAACCACCCACACCUUGUUGAAACCAUCUGGACAAAUCAAGAGUUCAUUCAAAAGCAUGUAUGUGUAACAUUUGGGAACUGUCAUUAACUGAGCCUCUAUAUACAGCUUUGUUUAUUCCCUGUGCACAAUAUCUUUUUGGGGCCUCACCAUUUAGUGAUAUUUUAUUGUAAUAAAUAUAUAUUUGUAUCAAACUA